GGCCGCCGCCGCCGCCGCCGCCGCCCCGGGCUCGGCGCUGCUGCCCGCUCGCCCGCUGCUGUCGCUCGGGCUGCUGCAGCUGAUCCUGGGCUGCUGCAUGGUGGCGCUGAGCUUCGGGGCGCUGUCGCUGAGCAGCUCCCCUCAGGUGAAGAACUCGUGUCCGUUCUGGGCCGGCUCCUCGGUGAUACUCUCUGGAAUCAUAGGAUUAACAACUUGGAAACGGCCUAUGAUACUUCUGGUGAAUCUCUUUGUGCUGCUCUCCGUGGUGUGUGUCCUCUUAAAUCUGGCUGGAUUUAUCCUCGGCUGCCAGGGCGCCCAGUUUGUGUCCAGCGUGCCCAGGUGUGAUCUGGUGGACUUAGGUGAAGGCCAGAUUUGCUUCUGCUGUGAAGAAUUUCAACCAGCCAAAUGCACAGACAAAGAAAAUGCCUUGAAACUCUUUCCGGUUCAGCCUUGUAGUGCUGUUCACCUUCUGCUUAAGAAAGUCCUUUUCGCCCUGUGUGCCUUGAACGCCCUGACCACCACCGUCUGCUUGGUGGCAGCCGCCCUUCGCUACCUCCAGAUGUUUGCAGCCAGAAGAGCCUGCAUCGACGAAACUCAGAUUUCUGCCGAGGACGUGGAAGAACACGGACGGAUCCCAGACCCCGAGGACUUCGUGCCGCCAGUGCCCCCCCCUUCCUAUUUCGCCACGUUUUACUCGUGCACACCCCGGAUGAACCGCAGGACGCUCGGCCCUGAUGUCAUUCCCCUCCCCCACAUCUACGGGGCACGGAUCAAAGGUGUGGAAGUGUUCUGUCCCCUGGACCCCCCGCCUCCGUACGAAGCUGUGGUGAGCCAGACGGACCAGGCGCAGGGGUCUUCAUUCCACGUGCCAGGAGGAUCGGCAGGUGCCUCGAGCCCUUUGGAACCGAUCCGCAUGCCACCGACUCAAGGUGAGGACAUUCCUAACACACCUGGAGAAGAAAGCACAUCCAUCUCAACUCCCGAUGCAAACCAGCUGCCUCCCACGAGAAGCCGGACAGUCUUCCCAGCCCUGAGGACGAGAUCAAGGAGCGACCCUGUGCUCCAUCAUUCCGUGGAGAGAGCUGCCCCCGUGCUCAGCUGCGAAGCCGCGACGCAGACUGAGGGCAGACCGCACCUGGCCGCGGUGACCUGGAGGCGAGGUCUGCGGUGCAGAGCUGCGCGAUGCCGGCCCCGGUCCCUGAUAGAUUACAAGUCCUACAUGGACACCAAGCUGCUGGUGGCGAGGUUCCUGGAGCAGUCGUCCUGCAGUAUGACCCCAGACAUCCACGAGCUGGUGGAGAACAUUAAAUCCGUCCUCAAGUCCGACGAGGAGCACAUGGAGGAGGCCAUCACGAGCGCCGGCUUCCUGGAGCAGAUAAUGGCCCCGCUGCCGCCCAGCACUUCCCGGGCCCACGCGCUGCCCCCGCCGAGACAGCCUGGCUUCCUGCACCUGCGGAGCUGCGGGGACCUGAGCACCUUCACCCCGGCGGGGAGGCCCCGAGCCGAGAGGAGGCCCCAGCGAGCAGAGGCCGAGCGGCCCCACAGCCUCAUCGGCGUCAUCCGGGAGACCGUCCUGUGAACCUGUGGGGUCCCCCCGCCCCCGCAACGCCUCGCACCCCCCUCCACCCUG